GGCAGGAAGGGGAGCGGCCGCCAUCUUGUUUGUUUGAGUGUCUCGCGGAAGGGGGGGUGAGGGGGAGACGCGAGGAAAGGGGCAGCGGCGGCGGCGGCGGGUGGCCACCCUCACCCCAGCGCUCAUCCGUGGGGCCCGCUGCCCUCGGCGGCCGCGCAGGAAUCGAGGUUGUGGCAUAGACAGUUGGCACAAUGUUCUACGCUCACUUUGUUCUGAGCAAGCGAGGGCCGCUAGCCAAAAUUUGGCUGGCGGCCCAUUGGGAUAAGAAGCUAACCAAAGCCCAUGUGUUUGAAUGCAAUUUGGAGAGCAGUGUGGAAAGCAUCAUCUCACCUAAGGUGAAGAUGGCUCUUCGGACUUCAGGACAUCUUUUGCUGGGAGUUGUUAGAAUUUAUCACAGGAAAGCUAAAUAUCUCCUUGCAGAUUGUAAUGAAGCAUUCAUUAAGAUCAAGAUGGCUUUCCGUCCAGGUGUGGUUGAUUUGCCGGAGGAAAAUAGAGAAGCUGCGUACAAUGCUAUCACCUUACCUGAAGAAUUCCAUGAUUUUGACCAACCCUUGCCAGAUUUAGAUGAUAUUGAUGUGGCUCAGCAAUUCAGUUUAAAUCAAAGCAGAGUGGAAGAAAUUACAAUGAGAGAAGAAGUGGGAAACAUCAGUAUCCUUCAGGAUAAUGACUUCGGUGAUUUUGGAAUGGAUGAUCGUGAAAUGAUGAGAGAAGAUAGUGCAUUUGCGGAUGACAUGUUGGAUAGUACUAGUGCUUCCAACCUUCUGCUGGAGCCUGAACAGAGCACCAGUCACCUUAAUGAGAAAUCUAAUCACAUCGAAUAUGAAGAUCAGUACAAAGAUGACAAUUUUGGAGAGGGAAAUGAUGGUGGCAUCCUGGAUGACAAACUUCUCAGCAACAAUGAAGGAGGCAUAUUUGAUGACCCACCUGCUCUUUCAGAAAGUGGAGUGAUGAUGCCUGAGCAACCUCCGCAUGAUGAUAUAGAUGAUGAUGAUAAUGUCUCAAUGGGUGGACCUGAUAGUCCAGACUCAGUUGAUCCGGUUGAACCAUUGCCAACUAUGACUGAUCAGACAACACUGGUUCCAAAUGAAGAAGAAGCUUUUGCUUUAGAGCCAAUUGAUAUAACUGUUAAAGAAACAAAGGCAAAAAGGAAGAGAAAGCUGAUUGUGGAUAGCGUAAAAGAACUGGACAGCAAAACUAUAAGAGCCCAACUCAGUGACUACUCUGAUAUUGUCACUACACUGGAUUUGGCACCUCCUACUAAGAAGUUAAUGAUGUGGAAAGAGACUGGGGGUGUUGAAAAACUUUUCUCUCUUCCUGCUCAGCCUCUGUGGAAUAACAGACUGUUGAAGCUUUUCACUCGCUGUCUUACACCUCUUGUACCAGAAGAUCUUAGAAAGAGGAGGAAAGGUGGGGAAGCUGAUAACUUGGAUGAGUUCCUGAAAGACUUUGAGAAUCCAGAAGUGCCCAGAGAAGAACCGCAGCGCAGUGUUAUUGAUGAACCCAUCUUGGAAGAGCCAAGUCGUCUUCAGGAGUCCAUCGUGGAAGGCAGCAGGACCAACUUGGAUGAAUCGGUCAUGCCACCACCCCCGCCUCAGACAGGAGUAAAGCGAAAGGUUGCACAAGUGGAACCAGAGCCUGUGCUACCCUCUCAACCAUUGCAACCGAUAGAAAUGCCCCCAGUGGAACUGCCUCCAGAAGAGCCUCAAAACAUCUGCCAGCUAAUUCCAGAGCUAGAGCUCUUGCCUGAAAAGGAAAAAGAAAAGGAAAAGGAAAAGGAGGAAGAGGAGGAGGAAGAGGAGGAAGAUGGUACAGGUGGUGACCAGGAUCAAGAGGAAAGACGAUGGAACAAAAGAACUCAACAAAUGCUUCAUGGUCUUCAGAGAGCUCUUGCCAAGACUGGAGCAGAAUCCAUCAGUUUGCUUGAGCUGUGUAGGAAUACAAACCGCAAACAAGCAGCAGCAAAAUUCUACAGUUUCUUGGUACUAAAAAAGCAGCAAGCUAUUGAGCUGACGCAGGAAGAACCUUAUAGUGACAUCAUUGCUACUCCUGGUCCCAGAUUCCAUAUUAUUUGAAUGUUUGUUUGGCUUGCUGUAUAGUUAGCAUCAUUAGUACUUACACAUUGCCCAAUGUGUAGGGCCUACAAACGAAGAAAACUAGAGUCCAUUGUCCUGUACAGUCAUUGACUUUUGUGUUUUGUGUUUUUUUCUAUUACAUUUUACCACUUUUGCAUUUCUAGUAACUUCUGCACUGGGUGACUUGAGUUCCAGUUGCAGAGAUGAGAGAAACUGACUCAAGGACCUAAUAAAGAGUGUUCCUAAAACAAAUCAAAACAGAUGUGUGCAAUAUUGGUGCAUGUAACUAUGACUAAUACAUUGUUUUACAAUUAUCUGCUUAGGAAGCUAGAAUGCUAAUCCAGAAGACCCAAAAUGGCCAACCCUAUUGUCUCAUUACAGGUUUUUGCCAAACAUGCUUAAAAUGUGCUCUCUUUUCCUCAUGGUAGUGAAUUCUUCCUGCCCCACAUUUCUGUCAGUGUUUUAUCAUCUUCCUACUUCUGAUGGUGUUCUUGGAGCUGCCAAUAUGAAUGUUAGUGCCUGGCAGGAGUAUUUGCUGUGCCAUGGUAUCUUUAGAAUAGAGUUUAAGCAGCUCUGGGGCUAAAUGUAAAUGGGUGUCCUUGAAAAAUAUUAUUUAAGUGCAAGAGACAAUACAUUUCUGGCAUUGGAUUUUACAUUCCUUCUCAGUGUGGUCCAUUUCUGAUAGCUAGCUGCAAGGAUGGGGUAGUUCUGCUAUAAAGCACCAACUGCAAUAAAGGGUGUUUUUUUUACUUCUUGAUUUUAAAAUUACUGAGAAUUUUAAAGGCUUUUGAGAAAUGCCAUAAUUCUGAAUUACAGGCAAUUUUAUUUAGGUAUGCUGGUAGCUAGAAGGGUCUCAGUUUGAGCAUGCUACUUUUUCCCCCUUUUCCUUUUUUGUUUUCUUUCUUUUUACAAAUGUGGCACACCACUGACCCUGAGACGACAGCAAGCUACAUGUGUAUAUUUUAGAGGCAGGAGAAACUUGCAUUUAUUGAACAUAAUCUUGUUGUGUAAUAAGUAUUAAUAGAUCUCCAGUGACCUUUACAGUUUUUGUAACAGUGUAUUUCACAAUAAUGCACACUCCUGGAAUACCGAGCGGAUUUACAAAUAACUUCUGAUUUGAUUUUACUACUUAUUAUCAGGACCAGGCCAUACCAGAAAUCAUGUGACUAUGUUGAUGGCGACAUCAACAUUUUUUUUAAGGUGGGGCAAAAUUACUAAAGUUUCUGACUUUAAAUGUUGGCACUUUUGUGAAGUGAUUCUCUUCUGGAACUAAGAUUUCAGUGUAUACCCAAGUGUAAAAUUAUGUGAAUGUUUAAAAAUUUGCAACAUGUUUUCAUAAUCCUUGAGAAAGCUAACUAUAUAAAAUAGUUACUGCAGCUUUAUUUUUGACAUGAUGUGCCUGUACAACCAUGAUUUCCCCCCUUUGUACAAAGAGACAUUGUAGAUAACUUGAAUGUUUAAUUAUAGAGGUCAUUAGUUUCUUGUUAAACUUUGUUAGUCUGUUUUUGUUGCUUUUCAAGGUUAAUAUUCUUGAAAAUAGUUGCUGUUAUGUAUAACUUUUCUAAUAAAAGUUGUGUUAUAAGCUA